UUCUACUGUGUUGUAAUGUUUGGUGGAUCUUCCUCUCUGGACGUUCAGUUGUUGGCUCCUCUAUUUUGCCCUUGUGCUGAAUCUCCUAGCAACAGAGACCUGUUUACCCACAAAAGCAGCGCAAGGGCGCGGAGGCGAGCGAGCGCCGCGGAGCUGCAGCAGGGAAGGAUGGUCACAGCGACUGGCAGCAGGGAGAGAGUGCCCAACACCUCCUACCAGGAGUCUUAUUGUGAAAGGGUGCACGACCCACACAGGCUGAACUUCACGUCUCACCUCACACGCGUGACCGGGACCGGCUUCACAGCCAAUCAGAGGCCGGCUGUGUAUUACAGCCCCGGCCUGGACCGCGCUGACAACCCUCAGCUUGGACUCGUGUUGUCUGACAGUUUCGUGUCUCAGACCAAGCGACAUUAUCAGCCUCGCUCCCAGGUGUUUUUCCCGGGGUCUUUGCCGAACAUCCUCAACAAACCUCGCCUCAGCGGGUUCCAUCAGCUGUGGAGCCGCUCCAACGCAGCAUCUGUGGAGGAGAGGACUCCACAGCGACGAUGGCCUGCGUCCAAUCAGCUCACGGCAGCAGCGUCACUCAACAACGUGAGGAUCGGUCCUAAAGGAGACACUGGCUUCACUACAGGCUCCGACCUUCAGCUUUACACGUUCCAGGAAAAACACAUGUUUAGUGCGGAACCUCGCCGGACUCCCAGCUCGGUGAUGAGUGCCGACUUCCUGCCACCGUUGUCUCUGCAGGGCACGGAGGCGAUCCCGAACCUGAGCGGCCGUUCUCGCAGGGAAUCGGGAUUCGCUCCGGGGGCCGCGGCUCCAGUGGGCACGGACCCCCCCCUCGGCCGGGCCUCGCCUCCGCUGUCACCGCGGUCCGAGCGCGAAGCAGCCACGGAGAGGAGCGUGGGAAAGAAGGAGCCCACGGGGUUUCUAGUCAAUGCACCCAGCUACCAAGCUUUUCCCAGUCCUCCCUCUGAUAAGUCACGCUUCAUCACUCAGUAUCAGAGCAAGUUCUGUCAUUGUGAUGAUGUUGAACAGCUGAGAUCAGCUCACGUCAUCAGCGCCCACAUGGACAGCGGCUACAACCAUCGGAAUGUGAACAGGUUCCUCAUCAGGGGCUGAAACACACCCGAAACAUCUGGACGUCUACUCGCAAGCAAAAUAAAUGGAGAGUCCUUAAUAUGA